GACAACAAAAUUAUUAGAUCCGAUACUGGCGCUCAGGUUGAGAGUUGUUGAGAAAAAAAUAUGCGAUUUGCAUUCUUCUUUUUCUUUUCUGCUUUCUGAUCUCAAUUCCCACGAUUUCUUUUUCCCCUCUGGUUGAUUUUGCCCUUGAGUUAGUUGUUGAGACCUUGUCGCCUUGAGCCCUUGACCCUUGCACCGAUUGAGAGUUGAGACCUGAUCGAUUUUCCCUCUGAUUUCUGAUCCAACGAAAUAUCCCUCAGUCAAUUCUUAUUUCUGAUUCUAAAAUACCCCUCUGAUUUAUAUAUUUUUCUGAAAUCAGUUCGAGAAUCUGAGAAUUCAAAGACGCAAAGCACGCAAUUGAUUUAUGAAUCUGUCUACCAGCAUUAUAGAUCAGGAAGUACUUGCGAAUGGCGCCAAUUUUUAUUACGUGAAUGGUUCCCGCCACCGGCCACCGGCUCACACCACCCUGAUGUUCUUUCAAUUUCACUUUGCAAACGUUGAUAUGCAGCAUAUGCAUGCCUGUGAAUUUCACGAAAAGGAAAAAACAGAGUGAAUCAUUUCAGAGAAUAUAUCGCCACCUUUCCAUUCUCCCUUUUCCUUGGCUUCAGAAAAUCUGAAAGGUACUAUCUUUUCCCUUUUUCAAAUGAUCUGAUAUACGGAUAUCUGAAACAGCUCAUGAUUAAGGUCAAAAUUAGGAAAACGAGGACGAUUUUGGAGGACAGGCUCGUUAUAAUGGGGGUUGAAUUGGACAAAAAGUACGCUAUCAUUGCAAUCAGAGCUUGUUAUAGAUCAGCUUCGAAGCAUCCCGUGGUGGCUGUUUUGAUUCUUUUUACGAUUUGGUUUUAUCGAUCAUUCCCUCUGCUGUUUUCUCUUUUGGUGUAUGCUUCUCCUAUUCUCGUAUCCACUGCUGUUCUGCUUGGAACUCUGUUACUUUUUGGUCAUCAAAAUGCAUCCAAAAUCCGAAAAGAAGGAAAACAACAACAUCAUCAUCAUCAUCAGAUCCACAAUCUGCGAGUUAGGGCUAUCGAAGAUACUGGAAUUGAUGGGAAAGGUGCAAGAAGUGAAGCGCGAGAAAAUGCUAUUGGGAAGAAAAAUUCUGAUGUUAGUAAUGUGAAUCUUAAUGAUGAUCAUCCUAGGGUACAAAUUAUUAAACGAAGAAACUCAAUUGAUAACAGUGUAUUAAUGGCUUAUAAGAAGUUAAAAGAAGAAGCAAAGAAUGAAGUGUACAAUCACAAUCAAAAGAUCGAUUUGGGUGGAGAGAAAACUAUGUUUGUGAAUCGUUGUGCUCAGUUUCAGCCUCCACAUGCCAACAAUACUGAGGAUCAUAAACGAUGGGAGACAGGAUCUCAGCAUGCUGAAACUUCAUUCCCAACUGCUUCCAUGGUUGGUGCCUUUCCAAUGGUUCAUGAUCUUCAGCAACCAGAAGUUCCUCAAAAUAAUCACAUGUUGCAUGUUCACAGAAGCGAACCAGAAGUUCCUCAUCAUGAUGCUCAGACAUUGCAUGCUCACAGAAGCGACUCAGAAGUUCCUCAUCAUGCUCACACGUCGCAUGUUCAUAGAAACGAGCCAGAAGUUCCUCGUCAUCAUGCCCAGACAUUGCAUGUUCAUAGAAACGAACCAGAAGUUCUUCAUCAUCAUGCUCAGACAUUGCAUGUUCAUAGAAAUGAAGCAGAAGUUCCUCACCAUGCUCAAAUGUCGAAUGUUAACGCAUAUGCUGCUUCCAAUCAUUCUCUUGAAUCAGAUGAUCAUGAUGAUGAUGAUGAAGAAGAAGAAGCACGUACAUGGACAGAAGAUGACCAAAAGAAUCUAAGAAAUUUGGGAAAAUCAGAAAUAGAGAGAAACCAGCACAUGGAGAAUCUUGUCGCUAGGCAAAAAGCACUAAGAAACAUGAGGAUUCAAGCCGAAGAGAAUUUGGUAAACAUAAAUCUUGAUAUUUCCUAUAGUUCCACUCCCAUUGCAUCAACAAGAAGGAACUCCAAUGCAUCUACAAGAAGGAAUUCAAUGGAUGUUCCUUAUGAUUUCAAUGAAACUGUUGUUGAGUCCACUCCCUCGGAUAUGAUGCCAAGAACAAACCCUUAUGAUCUUCCGUACGACUCAAGUGGGCCCAGUUUUCAAUCAGAUGCUUUAUCCUUCCAACCAAACCAUGAGGGAGGGGGAUCCAGGCAAAACGAGGGUUAUUAUACUUUUGGGGCAAGUGAGAAUGUCAGUCAAAGAAGCCGAUCUUCUGAUGAUGACGACAUGGUGAAGGUCCAUCAUGUUACAAGAGAUGGCAGAGUUUAUGAGUUUAAAGCAAGUAUUAAUGGGGGUGAGACACGAAAAGAAAAAAGUAAUUUUGAAUCGGAUUCUUCAUCCUUCCAACCAAACAACCAAUCCAGCCAUCGCCAUGAGAGUUCUGAUGUGGGUUCUUCAACUUUAGGGGGGUACGUACACAAUGACGAGGUUAAAACAAGCGAUGUGGGUGAGAAAGGUUAUCAAGGGAAAAGUAGCAGUGAAUCAAGUUCGUCGUCAUCAUCAUUUUCUGAUGUAAGUGAUCACUUAGAUGAUGAGGAAGAAGAAUACGAUUAUAGAUCCGCAGUCAUGCCAUCAACACCAGAGAGACAGAUCCAGGAGCAACAACGGAAGAAUAUCCAACAAAGCCCUAAAUUGGAGCAUGGGGACGGGAAGUUGUCCCAAAGGCCGCCUAAGGGUCUAACCUCAUGGUUUGGGUGGAAGCCAUGAGAGUCUUUUUUAGAGUAAGUUUUUAUAAUAUUGAUUUUGUAUUUUUCAUUCUUGUGAAUUAACCAAAUCGCUAAAAUUAAAUUUUGUAACAUUUAUUAUACAAAUUUUUGCAUGGCAAGCUACAUAUAGGAUUUUA